AUGUCGUUCAAGUUCAACUUCGGAGUAAGCGACGAUGGCGAGAACAUCACUGGUGCCAAUGUUACUGCUGAUGAGCACGAGCAGAUGCAGGAUGUAGAUAUGGCUACAUCUGUGGCCGUCGAGCCACACGCCGUGGUCCCACUAAGCAUUCCGUCUGUGCCUGGCCUGGUUGUUGAUGCUAUCUACUUCAAGGACCAGAAGCUGUGGAAACGGCGGAUCGACGAUAUACAGUUCCAAUUGGCACAGGAGGACAUGAUGGAAGCCGAACACAGCACCACUCUGCAGAAGAUGAUGGCCGAGGGCAAGGACGCUGCAGAUGUAAUCAAGGGAGUGUACGAAGGUGGGCUGAAGACAUGGGAGUGCAGUAUUGACCUACUAAACUACUUGAUCAGCGAAGAGGAUGGUAUUGCGGCAUUGGCCGGAGCGCAGGUGCUUGAGCUCGGGUGCGGCACUGCACUGCCUUCGCUGCAUAUCCUGAAGCGGGUCCCAACGGCCCAGGUCUGCUUGCAGGACUACAACAAGGAUGUGCUGGAGCUGGUUACCAUUCCCAAUGUGCUAGCAAAUACGGUUUUGUCGCCCGAGAAUGGCGUUGCUGGGGACAAACUGCAUGUAGAGGACGACACGGAGACAUGUGAGAUUGAUGUGGACUUCCGGCGCACGCAAAUUCUGUUUGGCGAACUUGCCGACGAGGUCAUUGGCAAGCGCGAGGUGCCGCAGCUGACACUGGAGGAGGUCGAGGUGGCCAACAAGCGGCUGCUGGCUGCUGGUGCUGACAUUCAGGGCCGGUGCGAGUUUGUUUCUGGAGACUGGUCGUACAUGCAAGAGGCGAUUGAGUCACACGGCAGGCAAAACACAUUCGACCUUAUUCUGACCAGCGAGACCAUCUACGACACUGCCAGCUACCGGAAGCUCCACGAUCUGAUUGCCGCCUCACUGGCCAAGGCCAGCCAGGCAAAUGGCCGUCCGCCUAUGGCCCUGGUCGCAGCCAAAUUUGGCAGGUCGCGGACACUGCGCACAAACUGUCUGUUCACGCUCUGCCUGUUUUUGCCUGGGGUUUUCCAUGCAAUGUGCUCGAUCCACAGAUACCCGAGCGUAGUAUUCCGCCAGACAGAGCCCAAGGACAGCGGGGUGUUCCAGGAGCGUGAAGGAAAUGUGAUUUGGGAGGUGCCCAGAGACCAUUUCCGUAGCAUCAGCCAUUCUGUGCUUGUGUUCGAGGCGCAAAGCCUGACGCUCAAGAGCGACUUGGCGCAGAAGCGUUCCUUGCCAGGCGGUUCGGUGGCCAUACCACCGUCACUGGCAUCAUCGUCGGAUGACACGAUCCAUGAUGAUAAGUACCUGGCGUUUGCGCAUGCUUCCGCACCAGUGCUCAAUCCAGGAUACGGCUGGAAUAUGGCCGACAUGCACCAACAGCAAUUUCUACCCGAUCCCUACGCUCUAGGCAUUACACGGCCACUGGAAACCAUCAAGAUCCACUAA